GAGUAAACCUUCAAAUCUCUCUCAUUCACUCACUCUUCUCAUCUCUUAAUAUCCCUCAAUAUAUUAUCAUUUUCAAUAACCUCUCAUCAUCUCUUUCUAAACCUCACUUAAUCAACAAAUGGAGGUAUUAAUACCCAUUAAUCAAAACCUUAAAAUAAGCUUAAAACUCUUCCUACAAAUAGCAUUUCCAUUAAUCCUCCUUACAAUAAUCCCCUUACAAUUAGCUAAAAACAUUUCAUUCAAUAAAAACAAACCUUUAAUAAAACAAAUUAACACCCCUAAUCCAAACUUAAUUAAUACUAAUCAAAAUGAUCAAAUACAUGGGUCAUUACCCCCCACAACAAAGAAAUGUGAUAUAUUUUCGGGUGAAUGGGUACCAAAUCCGGAUGCUCCAUAUUAUACAAAUACAAGUUGUUGGGCUAUCCAUGAACAUCAAAAUUGUAUGAAAUAUGGAAGAAAAGAUAAUGAGUUUAUGAAAUGGAAAUGGAAACCAGAUGGGUGUGAACUUCCUUUAUUUAAUCCAAGACAAUUUGUUGAGAUUGUUAGAGGAAAAUCUUUGGCAUUUAUUGGUGAUUCCGUUGCAAGAAAUCAAAUGCAAUCCUUAAUUUGUCUCUUAUCCCGGGUAGAAUAUCCAUAUGAUGUCUCCUACACUAAAGAUGAGCAUUACAAACGUUGGUGGUAUCAAAACUACAACUUCACGGUAGCAAUGUACACAAGUCCUUUCCUAGUGAAGUUUCAAGAGAACGACCCGAACGGGCCAUCAGGAACGGGUAUUUUUGGGCUUUUCUUAGACGAGGUCGAUGAGGCUUGGUCGACCCAAAUCGACGAGUUUGAUUACAUUAUUGUAUCCGCUGGCCAUUGGUUUUUCCGAUCCAUGAUGUACUACGAGAAGAAAACCCUCAUUGGGUGUCGUUAUUGCGACAUUCAAAAUAUCACCGACUACACCAUCACGUAUGGUUAUCGAAAGGCGUUUCGGACAGCGUUUCGGGCAAUUUUGGAGAGGGAAAAUUUUAAGGGUGUAGUGUAUUUAAGGUCAUUUGCACCAUCACAUUUUGAAGGGGGGGAAUGGAACAAAGGUGGGAAUUGUUUAAGGAAAAAGCCUUAUAAAAGUAGUGAAAUUAGUUUACAAGGGAUUGAUUUGGACUUGUACAUGGCCCAAAUAGGGGAAUUUAAGGUGGCCCAAAAGAUGGGCCUACAAAAAGGCCAAAAGUUUAGGCUUAUUGAUUUGACACAAACCUCAUUGAUGAGGCCAGAUGGGCACCCAAGUAGAUUUGGGCAUUGGCCCAAUGAAAAUGUGACCUUGUACAAUGAUUGUGUUCAUUGGUGCUUACCUGGGCCCAUUGAUACUUGGAAUGAUUUUCUACUUGAGAUGCUAAGAAGUGAAGGAAAGAUGUUUAAGGAGGACAUGUUGCUACAUUCAAAGGAGAGAAAGUUGAAAAGUACAUAAUAUUCUCUCGUUUCACUCGUUUUGUUACAUUUUCUAUUUGGGAAAACCGUAUUUCUGGUACUAUUAUACUAUAUUUUAAAAUAGAUAAUGUAACUAUAUUUUUUUCUACAUCUGAUAUAUAAAUUUAACUUUCUUUUUUUACAUCCUCACCAUGUUUCACCUAUUAUUUUCUUUUUUUUCACUUAUUUUCUAUUAUACUUUAAAAAAUACUAAAAACAUGAAUGUAGCGAUUUGAUGGGAUUGAGGAAUAUGUGACUUACUUAAGGAAUAUUUUGUAUUGUUUGAUGGAUUUAAUUAUUUCAAGAAUUAUUUAUGAUUGUA